AUAGGCUACUGUGUACGAAGAGCUCGGUGCUAUAUUUCACGGUGGCGUCUUGGCCGAAUAUCCGACCCCAUCUCCACGUCCCGCCUUCCAGCUACCAACUAUUCCCCGUGACGGCCAGCAGGACCCUGGACAUGUCGCAGAAGUCGCUGUUCACUAUCAACUCCCACGACGCCGCCAAAAUGGUUCGUCUGCAACGGACGAAAGCAGACGACGACAACAAAAAGCAGUGUUACCUCAUACAGGUCACGUUCAGUCCUCUGUACAGCGAUUCGGAGAUUCCCAACUCCUGCUUCAGGAAACUCCCAAGACUCGUGAACGGCAUUCCACUGGGGGCGGGCCUCAUGUCCAAGGACCAGCUGGAAACCAUUCGGUGGAGGUACGUGGAGGGGAGCCGCACGACCCAGACGUUCAUCUCCAACCCCAUGUACCAGGAGGAGGCGGAGGGAGACAAGCGGUCCCUGAGGGAGCGACUGAUCAAACUGGCUCCCGUUAUAUUCGGUGACGUCACGGUCAGGGCGACUGUAGUUUUGUCCCAGUGCUUGAACUACGACGAGGACCUCGUCGUCAACGACAUUGCCGUGUCGCUUGAUGAAGGUUUGCGUUUCAGGGAUUGAUGUUGCUUAUUUUCGUGCUUCUAUCCAAUUAAGGUUAAAGCACGCUGUCCUGGGCACACGCCUCGGCUAUCUGGCCUGUCUGUCAAGGUCAGUGGGCUAGUUGUCA